GCUAAUGAUCAAUCAUAUUAACUCAAAAUUAACCCACCAUUAUAUAUCAAUGGCUUCUUUUAAGAGCAGCAUUUCCUUGAUUGUCUUAAUUUCACUACUACAUUUCGAAUUUUCGAGUGCAGUUAAGGGUGGGUAUUGGACUCCAGACAAUGGCAUGGAGGCCUCAGACAUUGACUCCACCCUUUUCACCCAUCUCUUUUGCGCCUUUGCCAACUUCGACAAACAAACCAACCAAAUCACAGUUCCUUCAGGAUGCGACACCUUCCCUCAGGCAAUCCGAGGAAAGAACUCGGCCGUGAAAGCCAUCCUUUCCAUCGGCGGAGGGACCGUACCAUCAACAGAUUUCAACACCAUGGCUAGCCAACCUAGCUCCAGAAAGGCCUUUAUCGACUCCUCGAUAAGCCUUGCUAUAUCUAAUGGCUAUGACGGCCUCGACUUAGACUGGGAACAACAAACCCAGCCUGAUGAGAUGAACAACAUGGCAACCCUCCUGAAUGAAUGGAGAGCCGCCAUAAAUAGUAAUGGUCAAAGUUUGAUCUUAACCGCGGCCCUUCAUUACUCACCAAUAGUAAGUCAAGCAGUUACAUUCCCUGCACAGGCCAUAUCCGACAACCUAGAUUGGGUCAAUGUCAUGGCUUACGAUUUUUGGGCACCCGGUUGGCCAGGCCCGGACCCGAUCCUUGCUCGACCUCAUGCAUCGCUUAACGAUCCAACGAGCGGGAACCCGAGCGGGAGUAGCGGGAUUAGUGCUUGGAUCAACGCGGGGGUGCCUGCGAAUAAGCUCGUUCUCGGGGUACCUUACUACGGCCAUGCGUGGAAACUGGCGGAUGCAAACAACAAUGGUAUAUUGGCACCAGUCGUGGCUACGAAUGGACAAGACGUUAGUUUUGACCCGUUUGGGAAUGAGGAAACGCCUACCUAUAAGCAAAUUAAGAGCUUAAUCCCUCAAAACACGUACGAUGACACUUACGUUACUAAUUAUUUCUCGUCUGGGACCACUUGGGUUGCUUAUGACGACACCGACAGUAUUUCUCGUAAGGUUGAUUAUGCUAAGACUACUGGCUUGCUUGGGUAUUUCGCUUGGAGAAUUGAUCAAGACCAAGAUAAUUGGGCUCUUUCUACACUAGCUUCACAAAGAUGGGGAGCUUAGGUAACGGAGAACUAGCACGGGAAGGUGCCUCAUCAAAUAUACAUACUCCGUAUCAUUUUCAACGUCAGUAUACACAAAAUAAAUUGCUCUCCGUAUACUUCCUUUUCUUUGAAGGUAGUCCGAUUGAAGUGUAACAAAAGUACGUGUCAUUAAUUCACGUACUAUACUCUAAAAUGAUAGGGGAGUAUUUUGUAAUUUUAAUAAAAGCUUUGUUUGAUACAGAGUAUUUAUAGAAAUGUUAUUAUGUACGACUAUUGUCUUAUAGAUACACAAUGUAUAUAGAACUAAUACUUCAUAUAAGUAUUUCGUAUUUACAUUGACUUAUUGGCCACCGUAGGUCCUCUUGUAUUAGGUUUACUUAUUUAUGUAUACGAGCGUUUGGAUCGGA